CUCGCUCGCUUGCUCAACCUCAGUCGCUCGACCCUGUUCUUCCACUGGGUCUGCAUCUGCUUCAGUUCUCUCUAGAUCUGAUCCGCAAUUCAUCACAGGCUGUUACUAAGCCGCCAUUAGGCAAGACCAUGCGUCGUGGGAAUAGUUGCGGUGGAGGACAGAGCUCCUUAGGUUAUCUUUUCGGCGGCGGAGAGGCUCCCGCUCCCGCACCCGCACCCGCACCUGCACCUGCCCCAGUUGCUGCCGCCACCGAACAGAACAAUGGAUUUCCCCCGAAAUCCGCAGCUUCUCCUCCGCCAGAGGACAUUGUCAAGCAGGUUCCGGCGGGUAUCAACAGGACAUCGGUGAACAACUACGUUCGAGCCGAUGGACAGAACACCGGCAACUUUCUCACCGAUCGCCCUUCGACCAAAGUCCAUGCUGCUCCUGGCGGUGGAUCAUCCCUUGAUUACCUCUUCAGCGGCAGCAAGUGAGAAAAAAAAUUGGUACUUUUGUUGUCUGUUUGGUUAUAUUCCAAUGGAGCAUGUAAUAUAACCAGUUCGUUUCUCAUCCCUGUCUGAAUUCUCAGAGUUCCUAUCAAUCAUUUGAAUCAAGAUCAUGCUUCUUUCUU